AUGGUCCAAUUCCGAACGGAUAUCAGCGCCACGAACAAGGAGCAGGCCGCGCCAAGCGAUGGGAACUAUGCAAAAGAGCUCGAGACCGACGUAUUGAUCGUAGGUGCUGGCUUUGGCGGUAUCUACUUGAUGCACAAGCUUCGCAAACUUGGCUUCAAUUGCAAAAUCUUCGAAGCUGGAACGGAGCUCGGAGGCAUCUGGCAUUGGAACUGCUACCCAGGCGCGCGCGUUGAUAGCCAGGUUCCAGUGUACGAAUAUAGCAUGCCAGAAAUAUGGAAAGAUUGGUAUUGGUCGUGUCGUUAUCCUGGAACAGAUGAGCUCAGAAAGUAUUUCGAACAUGUCGAGAACAAGUUGAACAUUAAGAAAGACUGCGCCUUUAACACUCGUGUCGUCGGUGCCCAGUUUGACAAACCUUCCGGAAAAUGGGUCGUUCAGACCGAAGAUGGAAGACAAGCAAAGUGUAAAUAUCUGCUACUGGCGUUAGGAUUCGCGGCCAAGCGACACUUCCCCGACUGGCCUGGUAUGGACACAUUUAAAGGAGAGAUUCACCAUUCUUCCUUCUGGCCAGACGCUGGUGUGGACGUCAAAGGCAAGCGGAUUGCUGUAAUCGGGACUGGAUCCACUGGGGUACAGAUCGCGCAAGAGACGUCCAAAGAGGCCGCCUCCGUUACAGCUUUCGUCCGGACACCAAAUCUUUGCUUGCCGAUGCAGCAGAAAUCCCUCACCAAGGAAGAACAAGAUAAGAGGAAGGAAUCGGAGUAUGAGCAGAUAUUUAAGGACAGACUCAACACUUUUGCUGGCUUCCCGUAUGACUCUAUCAAGAAGGACACACUCGAAGAUACUCCAGAAGAGCGUGAAGCAUUUUAUGAAAAGCUGUGGGAGGCUGGAGGCUUCCAGUACUGGCUCGCGAAUUAUCAGGAUUUGUUGUUCGACAAUGCAGGCAACCGGGAGGCGUACAAUUUCUGGGCAAAGAAAACUCGGGCAAGAAUCACGGAUCCAGUGAAGAGGGAUAUCCUCGCACCGCUAGAGCCGCUCCACGCAUUUGGCACCAAAAGACCGUCGCUCGAACAGAACUACUACGAGAUUCUCGAUAGACCCGAAAAUUUCGUAAUUGAUGUGAAGAAGACACCGAUUGAGAAGAUUACCGAGAAAGGAAUCGUAACAUCGGACGGCAAGCUCCACGAGUUUGAUGUCAUCGCACUGGCGACUGGUUUUGAUUCGGUAACAGGGGGAAUGCGGAACAUGGGUUUGAAGGACGUUAAUGGGAUCAAUCUCUCCGACAAAUGGGAGACCGGAACAUACUCAUACCUGGGCAUGAGUCUCUCUGGAUUUCCGAAUUGCUUCUUCCUCUAUGGUGCACAGGGACCAACGGCGUUUUCGAAUGGUCCCACUUGUGUCGAGGUCCAAGGUGAUUGGAUUGUGGAUGCCAUGAAGAAAUUGCGAGACGAGAACAUCGACUACUGCGAAGCUACCCAUGAGGCUGAGAAGGAAUGGCGGGAGGAGAUCACUCGGUUGUCGGACAAGACUCUCUUCCCUCAGACGAAAUCGUGGUACAUGGGCGACAACAUCCCAGGCAAGGUUCGCGAACAGCUAAAUUUUGCUGGUGGAUUUCCCCUGUAUUCCAGAUUGACUAGGAGUGUGCUUGACGAUGGGCUUCGAGGUUUUGUCAGAGCAUGA